CCUCGUCAUACGGCAGGAUGCCUCACUCUUGCAAACUCAUUACUCUACUGGUGUUCCUAUAAAAGCUCAGCCUAACAUUCUCUGAGUUGAUAUCUCCCUAUAAAUAAUUAAAUAUAAUUGGAUUUGAUAAAGCGUAGACGAUCGAGUUCUAAUGCUAGGGUUUCGAAGCCAAAGGCUAACCUUCAUCGUGGCCACGGCGCUGCUCGCGGCCGUGGUGUCCAUCGCGGUUGUCGGGGGGUUUUUCGAGCCCUUCAAUGUCACCUAUGAUCACAGAGCUCUUAUCAUCGGUGGCAAGCGACGGAUGCUCAUCUCCGCCGGAGUUCACUAUCCGCGGGCUACCCCCGAGAUGUGGCCUGGUAUAAUUCUUAAGUGCAAGGAAGGCGGAGCUGAUGUAAUACAAACAUAUGUAUUUUGGAAUGGGCACGAGCCUGUUAGAGGUCAGUACUAUUUUGAAGGAAGGUAUGAUCUUGUUAAGUUUGUGAAACUGGUUGGUUCAAGCGGACUUUACUUUCAUCUUCGCAUUGGUCCCUAUGCAUGUGCUGAGUGGAACUUCGGGGGUUUUCCAGUUUGGUUACGUGACAUACAUGGUAUAGAGUUCCGGACAAACAACGGACCAUUCAAGGUUGAGAUUCAAAGAUUUGUUAGUAAAAUUGUCGAAAUGAUGAAAGAGGAAAUGCUUUUCUCAUGGCAAGGUGGUCCAAUAAUUCUAUUGCAGAUUGAAAAUGAAUAUGGUAACGUAGAAGGUUCAUAUGGUGAGGGAGGUAAAGAGUAUGCUAAAUGGGCUGUUGAAAUGGCACUUAGCCUUGGGGCUGGCGUUCCAUGGGUCAUGUGCAAGCAAACUGAUGCACCCGAGACAGUUAUUGAUACCUGUAAUGGAUUCUACUGUGAUGCUUUCAAGCCCAAUACUUAUAAGAAGCCUAAGAUUUGGACUGAGGAUUGGAAUGGCUGGUAUGCCUCUUGGGGUGGAAGAUUGCCACAUAGACCUGUUGAAGACAAUGCAUUUGCUGUUGCUCGCUUUUUCCAACGUGGGGGAAGUUAUAACAAUUAUUACAUGUUUUUUGGCGGAACAAACUUUGACAGAACAGCUGGUGGCCCUUUUCAAAUAACUAGUUAUGAUUAUGAUGCUCCCAUAGAUGAAUAUGGUCUGUUAUCUGAACCUAAAUGGGGGCAUUUGAAGGAUUUACAUGCAGCAAUAAAGCUAUGCGAACCAGCUUUAGUUACUGUUGAUCAUGAACCCCAGUAUUUUAAACUGGGGCCAAGGCAAGAGGCACAUGUUUACUCCAAUGUUCCAGUAAAAAUGAAUGAAAGACUUCCAAAAAACAUGAGCGUUUGCUCGGCAUUUCUUGCAAACAUUGAUGAGCACAAGUCAGUUGCAGUGAAAUUUUUUGGCAAUGACUACACUUUACCCCCCUGGUCAGUCAUCGUAUUACCAGAUUGCAAGAAUCUAGCAUUUAACACCGCUCAGGUAGGGUCCCAGAUUUCCAUUAAAACCUCCAGUCCUCUUUUAUCUAGUUAUUCAAACACAACAGCACUUGGGAACCUUCUGCUUGCUGCUAAAGAUCUUAGUGUCUCAAGUACCUGGAUGGCUUUCAGUGAGCCAAUAGGCAUAUGGAAUUCCAACAGCUUCACAACACAACAAAUUCUAGAGCAUCUUAAUGUAACAAAAGAUGCUUCUGAUUACUUAUGGUAUAUUACCAGAAUCAAUGUUUCUGGUGAGGACAUCACUUACUGGAAGAAAAAAGGCAGUCACCCGGCACUGACAAUACAUAGCAUUCGAGAUGUAGCCCGAAUUUUUCUAAACGGCCAGCUUAUAGGUGGUACAUAUGGGAACUGGGUUAAGCUGGAGCAAACCCUUCAACUGGUCCAGGGAUGCAAUGAAUUGGCAUUAUUGUCUGAGGCUAUCGGCUUGAAGAACUAUGGUGCUUUCAUAGAAAAGGAUGGAGCAGGAUUCAGGGGUCCAAUAAAGCUGACUGGGUUUAAAGAUGGGGAAAUUGACCUAUCUAGUUUUCCCUGGACCUACCAGGUAGGGUUGAAGGGAGAAUUUGUGAAGAUAUUUGCUCCAGAAGAAGCAGAAAAGGUUGACUGGACUAUUUUGCAGCCUGAUAAGGUGAAAACACCCUUUACAUGGUACAAGACUUACUUUGAUAUACCAGAAGGAAAAGUUACAAUUGCUCUCGAUCUAGGCAGCAUGGGGAAGGGCCAAGCUUGGGUAAAUGGCCACGGAAUUGGACGAUACUGGUCACUAGUUGCACCAAAAUAUGGAUGCCCCGGAACUUGCAACUAUCGUGGUGCUUACAAUGAAAACAAAUGCUUGACCAACUGUGGGAAACCAACGCAAACUUUAUAUCACAUUCCAAGAGAGUGGUUACAAGCUUCCAGCAACUUGCUCGUCAUAUUUGAGGAAACAGGCGGGGAUCCGCUAGAGAUAAAAUUAAAGAAGCAUGCGACUGUAACAAUCUGUUCACAAGUUUCAGAGACUCACUAUCCACCCCUUUCUUCCUGGCAUCAUCCGGAGCGUUAUACUGGAAAUAUCUCGUUUGAUAAAUCUCAACCAGAAAUGCACUUGCACUGUGAUGAUGGGUACGCUAUCUCUUCCAUAACAUUUGCUAGUUUUGGAACCCCUCAUGGCAGCUGCCAAUAUUUCUCCAAGGGAAAAUGCCAUGCACAAAACUCAUCAUUUGUCAUAUCCGAGGCCUGUUUGGGAAGAAACAGCUGCUACGUCACAGUUUCAAUAAAAACUUUCAGCCCUGACCCAUGUAGAGGAACUGUCAAGACGUUAGCAGUGCAAGCAGAGUGCUCUCCACCUUCAGAUUAUAGCUUGCGCUCGUCGUUCUGAGUCCUCUAUGUAGGAUAUAUGAUAUUUGAACAAGACAUUUGUGGGUAUAUCAUGCUGCACCAGGGGGAAUAAAGAAUGCCGCUUUUUGGUGCUCAAUAUGGUUGGUUCUCCGAUUUGUCGUGUACACUGUACAAUUUGUGUCAAAUAACACGACACAGAAUUUAACUGCAUUCAUAUUUUAAUCAGCUAGAUUUGUGUCUCAUGUGUUAUGUUAUUUUGAAUGUUAAUCAAACAUGUGAAUUAAACAGAUCAUUAAUUGUUUGUUAUGAGCAUAACUAUUUGAUCUAAA